AUGUGCGGCGAAUGCAGGCCAAUCGUCAUAACGCUUACCUUUUUGAUAUUAUCUGGAAUAAUUUAUGCCGAAUUUACGGGGAUCCCAGGCAACCAACAUCCACCAAAUGGUCUGGUCGACGCAAAAAAUAAGAUUGACUAUUCAGACCUUUCCAUCGCGUUGAUCAACGAUUUAGUUCUCAUAGCGCAGAUAUUUGUGACCUGCGUACCGACUGGAGCGCUGGCUCCAGUCGCGCCGAAUUUCGUCAGAGUGUCAUGUAUGUUCAAUUUAUUAAGCGCACUGUCACUAUUGGCAUUGAGCAUCCUUAUAGGGUGGGACAAAAUGGAUGAGAGCCGAACCUUCAAGCUAAAGGUCAGACAAAUUUUUGACUGCUGGGCUGCACGAAAUACCCGUUAUCCUCGUCGCAGCUUUAAUCCAGAGGUAACAGCACUGUCACACGUCAGAGAGUUCUCCCACUGGCUCGACUUGCAUUUCGACAUAUUCGUGAAGUCUGGCAACCAACGGCUUCUAUGUGGUAUCUUCGAGAUGGGGGAAAAUACCCUAUUCAGCUAUCCAGGCUUCACCAAUGAACUGUGCGUCACUAAGGAAGGUUUAAGGAAACUUGGCGAGAACAGAUUCUCGACAUUGCCCUUGAACACGCUAAAGAAACUGACUCAAUUUCUGAUUCGUGGCGGAUUGCUUAGAGCUGCGAUUAACCCACCAUUAUUUCUUCUCUCGUCGAUCCAAAUCUUCGGCAACCUGACACAGGAGGUACAACAACGGAUCUACCAAAUGACCACUCUCAUAGAGCAGGAAGCAUGGAACGGCCGCGACAUUGGUUUCACAAUCCAGGAGGACCAAAAACUCCUGCUGACAUUCAGAUACAGUUCUCACAGGUUGGUUUGA